CUCCCCCGCGCUCCCGGAGGGUGCCGAGCGCGCUCCCGGAGUGUGCCGAACUAAGGGCAGGAGAGCAGCACUGAAUACACAUCCCGGAGUGUCAAUUGGAGCUGAAGGAGUGGUUGCUACUGAUACUGUUGCUGUUACUGUUUUUUUCUCUCCUCCCUCUUUUCUAGUACAUUGUUCUAUCUCAACCCGUGAUCUUCACCUUUCGUGCUGCCAAAUCUGCCUUGGGGAGGGGGAGAAGUGAGCAAGUGGCUCACAGUUUAGAAUGGUUUCAGUGCGAGCAGUAAAUCUGGAAGUACCAUUCCUAAACCAAGACAGCCUUACUUGGGUCCCAGUGUGAGACACAAGGAGGGCACGACCCAAAAAAGAGUGGGUUGGGAACAAACCUGAUCUCAGCGUUUGCUGAAUUAGGUCCAGAGCCAUGGUCACAAUGGUGCUUGGUCUGUUCAUGUGGGUUUGGUACCUAACCCUGGCUCUAUUCCUGUAUUCCUGUAUGUGCUCCUCAGGGUAACCUUUUAUUUUUUUGUUGCUGUACUGUGGGAUAUUAGUUUAUGACAUGAUAACAUCCAGGGCAAUGAUGGUACUCUGGAAUGUGCAUUCAGUGCUGCUCUCCUGCCCUUACCUCAGCACUACCUUUGGGAGUCCAUUAAUAACCGUACCCAGUCUGGGGGGGAACAGGGGAAGGAUGAUUUUCCCCCUUUUCCUCCCCUUUUCCUCCCCUUUUCCUCCUUCAGGCCUGCUACAACAGCUUUUGAGAAUUUUGUAUUCCCUUUGGAUGGCAAGGAAAGCAUGUUCUUGUUGCUAUGUCUGCUGUGUCUCAGUGCAGUCCACACUCUGUUUGGAGUCACGUUUGGAAGGCAGAACAGAGAUUUCCAAGAAGGCCAUUCAGAGACCUGUCCCAAGCGGGAAUAGUCAUGAGUGGCAUGGAAUGUGCCAGAAAAUUGGCCAAUUUUUUGAGGAAUUCUCUGCUCCAGUGGCUUGGGAGUUCAUCCCUGAAAAACUACAGGACUUGGAUAAAGUGACAGAAUAUUUGCAGGGAAAAUGGUGUGGCAACUCCAGACAUGAGCAGCUUACUGCAGUGUGUUGGACCCUGGCUACUCUUCAUGGGACACUGCUGGUCAGUAGCCAGCACCCUCAGGGGAGCAGGAGGAAACAGAGCAACAAGCCAUGCUAACUGCACCUGAACCAGGGGAACAACCCGUGCUGGGAGCAAUCACCCCUGCCCAGAAGAAGGAAUCCAAGACAAAACCAGUUCAGUUAGUGAGGGAUGGCAAAGCAGGGCCCUCAGAACAGGAGGAGGAGGGAGGGCCAGAGAAAAUCACCUGGUCUAUGUCCCCGGGUGAGCCGUAAGAUGUGUGAAAAAGUUCCAGUUACCCGUUAGGUGAGCCCCUGGUGACCUGGCUAUUCCAGUGCCAUGAGUGGAAGUGAAGCCAAGCAACUGGUAUCCUUGUCCUGGAUGUGAACAUUGACAGGGGCGUCGGGAAGAGGACAGAAACUCUUAGGCUCUGAAGGCAACUCCUGUCAAGCAUGAGGAAAAGGCAUUCUCCCAAGGAUGAUGACUAGUGCACUGAGACAAGUGGAACACCAUGCAGCAGGGUACCCAGUCGCUUGGAGAAAAUCAGCUGUGCUGGAGGUUGAUUCUACUCUAGGGAUUCAAAAAACGAAGUCCCCUUUAGGCCCAGAUGACCAGUGUGCACAAUCCUUGUGGCACAAGUUUGUACAGAGCAUGCCAUUGUCAUACAGCAACUCUGUUGAGAAAAUUUUCUUUCCUUGUACCCCCUGUUGUUAGUGUUGUUGCUGUUACCAUUCAUGUUCUUAAAGCCAGUAAAUUGUUCUUAUCUCAGCCUGAGAUCUUUACUUUUGAGCCUCCAAUUCCAUGCUACCACUGUGGGAAAGGGGAGAGGAAAGUAGGGGAGCAAGAGAACGGGCAUGGUUUGGGGGGUCUCAGUGGGGACACUGAACAGAGGAGUACCAUCCCUAAACUACAAAAGAUUCCAGUGCCCCAACCCUCCACACCCCCAGUGCUGCCAAUGCCCCCAUGGUACCCACUGAUUCUGGCUCCCCCCAGUCCUCCCCCCACCUCCUGGUGCCCAGUGCUUCUGCCUCCCCGUGCUCCUGUUGCCCAGUGUUUCCAGUACCCAGUGUUCACAGUGCAGUGAUGGGACUCCAGCUCCAGUAUCAGUACCACAGCUCCAGUAUCACCACCCCAGGCCCCCCUGUGCAGCCCAGGACUACCUCCCAGCCCCCAGCCUGCUCUCUAUUGCCAGCCCUACUGAGCUGGUAACCGGAGCUCUGACAGCAGGCACAGCCGAGGUGACACCAUCAAUAAUUGAGUAGCAGCAGGGCUCCACACAGGACUGCCUGCCUCUGCCUGCCUGGAGCGUGGGGACAGGUAGGUGCCACCCCCAUUGCCCUAUCUUGUCGCCGUGGCUGGGCACCCCCAACAGCUCAGGCUGUGGGGAGCAGGGUGUGAGGUACAGGAUAUGGGGGGGGUGGGAGCAGCAAAGCUGCACCAAGGGGGGUGCAAGGGGUGCAAGGCACAGCAGCACAAUCCCCUGGGAUGCCAGCACUGUCGACCCCAGUAUCUGGACCCUGGCAGAUGAGUCCCCAGCACUCCCUAGCCCUGGCACAGGGACCUCCACAGCAUCCUGGGGUGCCCCAGCCCUGCAGGUCCAGCAGCACUGGAGCCCAGGGAGAGCUACUUCCAGGGGGUGCCCGGCACAGCCAACUCAUGGCAGGAGUGGGAGCCGUGAGGCUGGCACCCUGGGAGGAUAGAUUUGCCUCGUUAUAGUUUAGGGCUCACAUGCUUCAAUGAUCUCUGCACAGGGGAGAUUUUCAAAGCCUGGGCUCAGGCUGAUGGGUGCAGAAUUUCCCAUUUGGCAGAACUCUAAGUAGGAAACUAACAAAGUCAACUCAGUAACUGUGCAAAAAUCACAGGCUCACUCGCUUGUGAUGGUGUCUCCAGCGAUUGCCCUGGCCUUCCUCCCCUUCAUUGUCACCCUGCUGAUCCGGUAUCGGCACUACCUGCUGCUGCUGUACCGGGCAGUGUUGGUGGUCUGGCUGCGGGACCGGCUCACUGGCACCUCACGGGAGCAGCGUGCCUUCCAGUACGUGCUGGCCCAUGCCAUCCCUGGGGACCCCCACCACAUCCUCCGGACCUUCGACCAGUGGUGCUACCACUGUGAGCACCUGAGCUGUGUGGGGCCUGACAAAGGGCGGAUCGUGGAGCGGGUGCUGUUGGAGCGGGCACCACUGCGGGUGCUGGAGCUGGGCACAUACUGUGGCUAUGGCACCGUGCUGCUGGCACAGGGGCUGCCCCCAGGCGCACGCCUCUACACCAUCGAGGGGGACCCCCGACACGCUGCUGUGGCUGAGAAGGUGAUCCGCCUGGCUGGCUUCAGUGAGCAGACGGUGAAGAAAGGCCCUGGUGGUGGGUGGGCACCCUGAUACUCUGCCCCAGCAACUGAGGGUGCUGCAGCACAGGUGGAGCUGAUCGUGGGCCCCUCGGAGGAGGUGAUACCCCGUCUGCGGGAGAAGCACGGCCUGAUGAACGCCAACUUGGUCUUCAUGGAUCACUGGAAACGCUGCUACCUGCGGGACCUACGGCUGCUGGAGAGCCACCAGCUGCUGGCUGAGGGGGCCACCAUCCUGGCUGACAACGUCCUCUUCCCUGGGGCACCCCACUUCCUGCAGUACGCCAAGACCUGCGGCAAAUACCACUGCAAGGUGCACCGCGCCAACCUGGAGUACUUCCGCGCCAUUCCUGAUGGUAUCGCCGAGCUCCGCUACACCGGCACCCACUGAGCGGGCGGCAGGCUCCUGCCUUGUGGUGGCCACGGUUACCAUAGGAGUGCCAGGUUCCCGACUCCCCGCCUUGGCCUCAACAUGGGCUCUGGAGGAAACGCAGUGGCUGCUGUGGUCUGUGGUGGGGUGCAGCGGGUAAUGAGGGGGCUCAUUCCCUGCAGUGCUCCUGCCUGCACUGCACAGGGAGGUGU